CCUGAAGUUGAAAGACGCGAGCCAUAUUCGCCGACAGCUUUGCAACUGCAAGGAUGGGUUUACGCUUACUGCUGGUGUUGGGUUCCGUCCUCUACAUCGCUUCACUCGCCUCAGCGACGUCACUCGAACAACUACGGCACUACAAAAGAAGCCCCAAUCCGUGUCCGCCAGGAUGUCCCGCAUCCUGUGCUCCUUCUUGUAAUGUACAAUGUUGUCAACCCGCUCCUCCACCACCCCCACCCCCACCACCUCCACCACCACCUCCCCCUCCCCCGCCACCACCUGGUCCUCCCGGAAUGGAUGGACCAAUGGGACCACAAGGACCACCCGGACCAGAUGGCCCUAAGGGGCCUUCCGGGCCCAUCGGACUUCCAGGCCCUGUCGGUCUUCCCGGACUUCCCGGGGCCCCAGCAGGUCCCCCCGGACGUGAUGGCCCCAUGGGACCUCCAGGACCCCCCGGAAACCAAGGCGCGCCAGGCGAUGCUGGACCACCUGGACCUCCCGGUCUUCCCGGUGCUGCAGGCCCCCCAGCUCCACCACCAAUGCCAGGCCCUUGCCCAGUCGUGUGUACUCACACAUGCAUCCGAUCCUGCCCGCCGCCAUGUUGCCGUCGCUGAGUACCUGAAGACAAGUUGCGUUUGAGCGAUCCUGUUGCUUUAGUUUAUAACAGUUUGAGAAUGGAGUUUUCUUUUUCACUAAUAAAAUGAUUUGUCAAAACACA